AUGGCAGACGCAGAUGAUACUCUUGGAAGUACCUUUAGUGUUAAAUUUGAUGAUAUAUUUGCAUAUGCAGAUACUGAAGAAGUGAGUAUUGAUGUUGGGGAAGCACAGCUGCCAUCGCUAGGGGAGCUAGACAGAAAAGACAAAAGGGAAAUAUAUGUGGCAGCAGCUUCAGGAAAUUGGAGUGAAACUUCAUCAUGUUGCCGAAUCCAUCCUUAUUGGUGGCAAAUUCCAAUGACUGAUAGCAGACUUACAGCCCUACAUAUUGCUGUAAUAAUGGGAAAAACCAGUUCUGUACAAAAGCUGAUAAGUUGUAUGAACAUGCAAGAUUUGGAAAUUCGCAUGGCAGAUAGGAAUACACCCUUCUGUUUGGCUGCCAUUACAGGCAACGUCCGAAUUGCUGAAAUUCUGUUGAACAAGAAUGGAAGGUUGCUAUGGAUUAGAGGCCGAAAAAAUAUGCUGCCUAUUCAAUUAGCAUCUUCUGCAGGCCACCUUAAAAUCACAGAGUUCUUACUUCAAAAAACAUUAAAGGACCUACACGACCUAAACAACAAUCUAACUUUCGAAGAAGAAAUCGUGAAGCUAUUUUUCUUUACCAUCACCAACAACCUUUACACUGUGGCAUCAGAUUUGUUGGAUCGCUACCCAAAAUUGGUUACCGUAGAAAAUGAAGAUCGAUCGACACCUUUGGAAAUCCUUGCUCAACUUUCAUUGUCCAAGGAAAUUACUGACCAUCUAAAGUUAGUGAGCUCGAUGUUUGAGCGAAUGGAAGAAGUGAAAGAGUCUCUCAACUCUGAACAAUUGUCAAGGGCGAUGUUUGAUGCAGCAAAAUCUGGAAACGUUAUGAUAUUAGAAUUUCUUUUUAAGUACCAUCCAUAUUUGAUAUUUGAAGUGAGUUCAGAGAAAAGAAGCUUACUUCACAUUGCUAUUCUAUAUCGACAAGAAGAUAUAUACCGACUAAUAUUAAGCAAGGGAGAUUCCAAGGAUUUGAUGACACAAUUAGUUGAUUUUGAGGGUAACAAUGUUCUUCACUUAGCUGGAAAAUUGCGUCCUGAACCAACAUUUGCAUUACCAACAGAACAUGUUCUAAUGCGUAGCGAGGAGUUAUGGUUUCAGAAAGUGGAGCAAAUAGUUCCACCUGCAAUGAAAACAAUGAGAAAUAAAGGUGGUUUGACUCCUAAAGAAGAAUUUUAUCGGUCCCACAAAGAGUUGCACACAAAAUCUGUAUCUGGAGUGAGAGGUUCGGCAAAUACUUUACUAGUGGUGGCAACUCUUAUAAUCAGCCUAGGGAUCACCGGAGCUAUGACAAUUCCCAUCGAUGAUAUUGAUAGUACAAUCACUCCAAUGUUUCGGAAGAAGACAUGGUAUACGUUAUUUUUUGUGUCGAUUUCAAUUGGAACGUACUUAUGUGCUUCAUCUAUAUUGUUCUACGCUUCAAUUAUUCUUCCCACAAGGUGGAAACCAGAACAUGAGUAUGUAGGGUUGGUGCAAACGAAGUUGGAAUUUGGGAAUAUGGCACUUUUUUCCUCCCUUGGAUUCAUGUUCGUUGCUAUUGCUUCGGGUUCCAUAUUGAUCUUUGACUUCUUACCCAACUGGAUCUUUUAUUUCAUUGCUGGGAUUGGUUGUAUCCCAUUGAUUGUGCAUCCUACGCUUGACUAUGGUCUAUGGACUCACUCUGCCACCUCCGUGUUUACCUUUUGCCUGGCAGCUCUUCGGCAGAAGGCAAACUUGUUAUCUCCAAUCCGCGGUUAA